AUGUUAUUAUUCUGCCCAACCUGUUCCAACUCUCUAACCGUCCACCGCCAAUCGGCAACCGGUCAAAACGCCCUGACAUGUCCAACAUGUCCCUACACAUACCCACUGACCCGUCGUCUCUUCGAACGUCGUCACAUCCGUCGUAAGGAAGUCGACGAUAUCCUGGGAGGAGAGGGGAGUUGGGAUAACGUCGAUAAUACGGAAGUGCAAUGUCCCGAUGAAGUUUGUGGAGGGGACAGGGCGUAUUUUUAUAUGGUGCAGAUUAGGAGUGCUGAUGAGCCUAUGACUACUUUUUAUAAGUGUAUGAAGUGUGGGCAUAAGUGGAGGGAAGGUUGA